CCAAUCUGCAAUACAAAAAUCAAAACCCCCCCAAAGCCAAAAGUAAGCCUAAGUCACCACAACUAACUCACCAUCCUUACUUCCACAUUCCCUCUCCUCCUACUUUAUAUAUAUGAUCUCUCUCUCCCAAAAGUAAGCCUAAGUCACCGCAACUAACUUCACCAUCCUUACUUUCACAUCUCUCUCUCUCUCUCUCUCUCUAAAUCCUAAAUCAUAUCACCCACAAAAUCAAGUUUAUUUUUGUUUAUUUGUCACCCUACAUCAUUUGAAGCCAUGGAUUGGUUCUCAUGGCUGUCCAAAACUGGCCUAGAGCCCUCACUUGUUUAUGAGUAUGGUCUUGCUUUUGCUCACAAUGAGCUGGAAGAAGAAGACAUAGUCUACUUCAACCAUGAGUUUCUUCAAAGCAUGGGAAUUUCCAUAGCCAAACACAGGCUGGAGAUCCUCAAGCUUGCUAGAAAAGAAAAGGGAACAAGUCCGCGUCCCAUUCGAAAGCUCUUGGUGGCAAUCAAGAGGACCAAGAGGUGCUUAGCUGAGUACGUAAGGACGUGGAUUCGUCGUGAACAAGACGCAUCAGCUCUGGCGCUUGUGACAAGGCCAAGCAAUUACAGGUCAAGGUUUAGAGGCGCCAUGUUGAAGAGGAACAAGAAGAUUAUCAUGGCCAACAACCAAGGCAGCAGGUUGUUGCUCACAAAUGGUAGCCCAGUGGUGGUUUCUGGGCCUCAGGUCGAUAGCUUUUCGAGUCCUGUGGUUUAUGAUCUUCAAAAGGAAGGAAAGAUGGACGGUGAUGAUCAAUAUAAUGAUGAUGGUUAUUGGUCGACUGGGGUUGAAGAGAUCAGGUGGGAUACUAUGUUCCAGGACUUGAAACCCACAUGAAAUUUUAGUUCCUUGUUUUUUUUUCUUAUAUACUUUUUCUAAUUUGGUUUUAGUUUUAGUUUUAGUUUGGUCUUCUUCCUUAUUGUCAUUUGUUUAUGAUAUAAAUUUAAUGGUGAGAGAUGGGAUUUUUUGGGUUCUUCCACCAAGUGAGGUUUUGGCUUUGUGCAUCACAAGACUUUGCUUAGCUUUUUUGAGUGUAGGUGGGUUAUGCAUUUGGCAAACUUUAAUAGCCAAGAGGGUCUCUCCUGCUUUUUU